AUCUGUAUCAGGCAGGAAAACGGGAGAGGGCUUCGGUGGAGACUUCAAGCAACAGAGUGGCUUAUUCUUCUGUUUUUCCACCUCCUGGCUCCGGCGACUGCGCGAACGCUCUGAUGGAGGCGGAAAGAUCCGGCGGGGUGGCGGGAGGAACGAACCAGAGCCCCGCAGGAAGCGGAGCGGGGCGCAAUCCGAACGGGCCGAAGGCUGUGCUCGGUCCCGCUCCCACCGCAGCCGCCGCCGCGGCAACCGGGGCGAUGGCUGGAUCCUCCCAGCCGCGAGAUCCGCAGGACGGGGACGCGGGCCUCUCGCUGCCCGGCAUCUUACAUUUCAUCCAGUACGAGUGGAGCCGCUUUCAAGCCGAGAAAUACCGCUGGGAGGCCGAACGAGACGAGCUGAGGGUAAAAAACGGGGUUUCCUGCCCACACCAUGGCAGCCGCAGUCGAGCCGGUCUCCAUGAGGACCUGUGCCAACUUGUCAUGCUUUACUUUUCCUCCAAGGCCAAACAUCAGAAGCUGAAAAGUGGGACUGACCAGAGCCCCGGAGAGAAGAAACCAGAGACAGAAGCUGAACCAAUACCCAAUGGGCCUGCAGAUUCAGAUUCGGAACCAACCAAUCAGAUGCCUUGGAAGGAGGGCCGUCAGUUACUGCGCAAGUACCUGGAGGAGGUGGGAUAUUCCGACACCAUCUUGGACAUGCGCUCCAAACGUGUUCGUUCUCUUCUGGGUCGCAACAGCCCAGAGGCGAACGGGCCUCCUCCCAGCGAAGCGCCCACAGAACCAGAACCUCACGGUGAAGGAGAGUCACUACUAGUGCGCCAGAUAGAAGAGCAGAUCAAACGCCGUGCUGGAAAAGAGAGCUCUAAAGAGCGGAUGGGCAGCUCUGUCCUGGAUAAAAUUCCUUUCCUUCGUGGCUGUGAGGAUGACGAUGAAGAUGACAGUGAUGAAGAGGAGGACUUCCAGGGCAUGACUACAGACUGCAUUGAUGGACGCAAAAGCAAGAAGUCCAGGAGCAAGAAUGGCGGAGAACCCAUGACCACAGAUCUUGACCCUGAGGAUGAUGACGACGAAGAUGAUUCUGAGGACGCUCUGGGCGAGUUUGAUUUCUUGGGCUCAGGAGAGGAAGGUGAAGGGGCGGGAGAAGCUCGCAUAUUUGGAGACGGCCGUGAAUUAGGUUCAGAGAACCGCCGGAACAAGUUGCAAGGCAUUAUGUCAGAUUUUCCUCCCAAACCUGCUCCACCUCCUUCUAUCACGGGCCAGACGCGCUCCGGAGAGGGGGGAGCUCUUGGCUUCUCAUCUGAUGUCUUCAUUCUGGAUGCGGUUGGAGGAGGGGAUAUGAACCUCGGAGAGCUAGCUGACCUCACUGUUGCCAAUGAUAAUGACCUCACCAUUGACUUGCAGGACAGUCGAGAAGAGUUCAAAAAGACGUGGAACCCUCGCUUCACACUACGAAGCCACUUCGACGCCAUCCGAGCAUUGACCUUUCACCCCAGCCAGGCCGUGCUGCUGUCCGCCUCUGAGGACGGAACGCUCAAGCUGUGGAACCUCAACAAGGCAAUGCACUCCAAAAAAAAUGCAGCGCUGGACGUUGAGCCCAUUUAUACAUUCAGAGCACACAGUGGUGCUGUUCUUUCUCUGGCUAUGGGGGAGGAAGGAGAAUCGUGCUUCAGCGGGGGUCUGGACGGCACCGUGCGCGGCUGGAAGAUUCCAGACCUUAAUGUGGAUCCUUAUGACAAUUAUGAUCCAGGCGUGGAGAGCAGCGUGUUGUCGGGCCAUGAGGACGCAGUGUGGGGUUUGGCCUACUCCUCCAGCCUGAAGCGUUUGGCCUCCUGCUCUGCAGAUGGGACUGUGCGGAUCUGGGACCCCCAUAAUUCCUCACCGUGUGUGUCUGUUUUCAACAAGGAGAAAGAACAUGGCACUCCCACCUCGGUUGCCUUUGUAAACUCUGACCCGUCCCAGGUUGUUGUGUCCUUCGAUGGGGGCGAGACUCUGCUUUAUGACCUCAACACAGAGCAAAGCAUCAUGGUCCUGGAGAACCAGGCUAAGGAUGGCAGCGAGCUGAUUAACCGCGUGGUCAGCCAUCCGACCCAACCGAUUUCCAUUACAGCCCACGAGAACCGCACCAUCCGCUUCCUGGACAAUAAGACAGGGAAAGUGAUUCAUUCCAUGGUGGCUCACCUGGAUGCUGUGACCUGUCUUGCCACAGACCCUAAAGGCACUUACCUCAUCUCCGGCAGUCAUGACUGCUCUGUGCGCUUGUGGAUGCUGGACAAUCGCACGUGUGUGCAGGAGAUCACAGCACACAGGAAAAAACACGAUGAGGCCAUUCAUGACGUGGCCUUCCACCCCUCGCAGCCGUUCAUCGCCAGUGCAGGGGCUGACGCGCUCGCCAAGAUCUUUGUUUGAUUUUCUCACUGGGGAUCCACCCUCACUACUGGGCCGAAAGAGUGAAAUGCCGAGUAUCCGCACACACACACUCACUCACUAAACGAGGGGAACAACGUUUAACAACUGUGUUAAAGGCACACGACCCAAUAACCCAUCAUUUUUGAUGUGAUACAAACUCUACUGCUUUUAAUACUAAUGAGUUUGCUGCUCAUGUCCUAAUUUCAGUUUUAGAUGACACUACUAAUAACCUGCACAGUGUGUUGCGAGGGAUGUCCAAUCUGUUGACGGAUGGACCCACACAAACACACCUUAACACAACACACACCCUGGAUUUUAAUUUCAUGCUCGGUUUAGGUUGAGAAUUUGAAGGCUCUUGGUAAACAAGACAUUACCCAAGCCUGAACGUUUUCUCAAUGCAAAUUGCAUUAGUGCUAAUCUGUGAAUUAAUGUCCUCGCGUAACUGUUGCAUGGUAACGUGAGGCGAUCAAUGCAUUUCAUUCCAAAGACUGCUUUAGAUGAGUUUUUUUUUUUGGGGGGGUUGGGUUUUAGCUGCAAGUACAACACAGCUUUACCUUUAGCCUCACAGCUAAGAGCCUUAGUAUUUCAGCCUUUCAUAAUCAGUUCAACACAUUUCAUUCGUAUGACGAGUACACUUUGAACUAAAACCAAACACGUGUAUCUGUGUGUGUGCGUUUGUGACGGUGCUAGCACAAGCAUUUUGCAAUCGCCGUCUUCAUUCAUAUCCAAUCAGGUGGCGUUAUCCGUAAUAGUCAGGUGACUGUUGAGUAGUGUAUUUAUUGUAGUGUUCGGUAUCGGUCGGAAGACUCUCUGGGAAGAUCUGCAGUUGGAUGCGUAACUGAUUUUUGUAUAUAAGCGGGAUGCGCUGUACAUAGCACACUUGUUUCACAACCUUGGUGCUAAGAUCUCCUCUGAAUCAGGGACCUGUUCACGACGAGGGUCGUAAAGUAUCAAAUCUCGGUUGAUGCCUGCCAUUCCUCAGAGUCAUCACGUACGGUUCUUUGGCAUUUCAGAAAUACAGCAAGUGUGAAUUUCAAAGUACUUCUGGUGUGCCCAAGUAGCUUUUAAGGUUUUGUCAGGGUAUUUUUAAGACGAUAAACUCUAUAUCCACGCUGGAGGUUCUUUGGUUGGGGAUUGUCGCCAAUAAAAAAAAUUCAACCAACUACAAGUUCCAGUGUUUCAGUACAAAGUGUAUUGUUGAUUUCUGAGUUUUUAGACAUCUGUGAUCUCGACCCAAAAGUGGAGAGCGAAGCAAAGCUUGAAAGGACAUUUUAAGUGAUGAGAAACUAGUGCCGCCCAGUUUUCAUUUGGAUUACAAAGAGGUCAAAGCCCAGCGGUGAAACUUGGACAAAUUCAAAAAGUCCUCUUGAUGGGUUUUGUGCUGUUAGUCAAUGCAAGGUGUUUCAGAGUAAAAUAGCCCAGAGAAAAGAGCUCUUUAAGUGAAAAUAAAAGUGGGGCACCUUGCUUCUUAUUGGCUAAGCAAGGAAUCCAAGAUGCAACUCUGAAACCUGAUGGGGGAAACCAAGGUGAGAUGAAGAAUCAGACCUGAAUCUGAUCUUUAGGUUUCUUUAUCGGAGGGAGAGGUCUGGAGAUCAAAGGUCACAUCUUGUAUUAGCCAGUUUCCGUUUUGUGGGGUUUAUUUUUAUCCUUUACUGGUUUUCCAUGGUCAUAGACAAGUGCCCAGAAGCGACAAAAAGACUGAUGGGCCAUAAAGAGCGCACUUGCAUAAUGGAGCCAAGUCGGUUCUUAACCAGACUGCCUCAAUCCAUCCAACUCGGAAAACAAGGUUUCCUACUUGGGGGUGUGAUUUUUGGCUAGGAAAACCUGUUGGAGUGAUUAUUAUUAUUAUUUUUUUAAAGUACAAGGUUAUGUCUCGUGUCACUUGUCCAAUGUCGAGACUACCGAUUUAUUUUGGGCUAUUCGCCUAGUCAGUGAAUGUCACAUAACCACAGACUUGCGUUCAGUGGAAUCCAUAAUCCUUUGCUGCUUACCUCUUACCUAGUAACUUCGCACGGCACACUAACGGUUAGCUUUAUGCUACACUACAUGUGUAGGAUCACGCAAACGGUUCGGUUCAUCAUGUAUUGCUGCAUCGUUACGUUCUCUUCCAAAGACUGCCGAUUGCAUGGGUGUUUAGACGAGUCCUGCUGUCUCUUUUGUACACCUCUAUUUACGCACCCCUCGAUGCAAUACGAGUCUUGAAAUUACAACGACAAAACACAUUCCUUACCGAGAGAGGACGAAUAUGUGUAUAAAUAAAAAUAAAAGUAAAAAUUGAAAGAAACCGAAAAUGUUUAUAUGUUUGAAAAGCUGCCAAUGCAAAAUGUAACUUUCCCAUUUUCUCACUUAUUUGCUUUUCUUUACUAGACAUAUUAUUAUGAUUACUAGUAAUAAGGUGUAAGAUGACCGUAGUACCUUUUUUGCUAGGCUUAAGACUUGCUUGUGAUUGUGCAAAAGCCUAAACAACUGAAAAUUGUAUGAAAAUUUAAGAAAAAAAAAAGAAAAAGUUUCAGUCCACAGCCAAAGUAAAAUGACUUUUUGUUAAGUGUUUUUAUUUUUUAAAAGCAAUUUAUCACUGUGUGAUAUUUUGUACAUCAUAUUAAGCUGCAUUCAAACUAUAUCCUCUAACUACAAGGGAUAAAAAAGGCCAGCCUUUUAUUUAUUUUGUUUUAUUAUACAUAUUUUUGAACUGCUUUCUAGCUUGUAUCGAAAUACAUCUUUCUUUCUUUUUUUAAUGUGUUUUUAUUUUGUUUACUCUGCAGGUCUUGUGUUGUAUGUCAUAAAAAAAAUCCAAAAACAACUAAAUAAAAA